AUGUCAUCAAGCGGAACGAAUCAGCAAGUCUACGACGAGCAGCUGGGCGACACGCCCGAGUACUAUUACUUGUGUACCUGUCCCGAUCUCAAGGACAGCAAAAGGAUGAACGUUCGUGCGCAGCAUUUCGAGGGCGUAGAGGCAGCGCACAAAAACGGUCAUCUGCCAUUCGCGGGAGCGAUGCUUUCGGACGAUCCUGCAAAGAAUGACGCUGCCAAGAUGAUCGGCAGCGUGAUGAUCUAUCGCGCGAGAUCAAUCGAGGAUGCCCGUCGAAAGCUCGAAAGCGACAUCUACGUCUCAGGCCAGGCGUGGGACAUCGCCAGGACGACGAUCCAGCCCAUAAGAGUGCCGCCCAUCUUCUUAGGCAAGCAAUAA